AUGAUUUUCAUAAUUCAAGACAGGGUUGGAUUAAUCAUUGUUUUGUAUAAACUUGAAACAUGUGUGUAUAUAUGUAUGUGCAUGCUUUGUAAGUUUAAGUAUACUUGUGUGUGUGUGUGUGUGUAUCAUUUAGAUUUGUUAGUUGGUAAAAAUGUCUCCCUGUUGUAUUUAAUGAACCAAUGCAGGGGUUGCUAUAUCUAUACAGAUAGAACCCCACACGGACACCAAAAUCUAAUGAACGACAUUAAUUGUUGUGAAAAAAUGUCGUUUCAUACACAAAACAGGAAUCCUUUUACAAUCAAUUUGAAAGGUCCUGCAUGGAAACAUGUGGGGUAUUUUUGCUUUCUUUUUUUUCCUGUUUGCUUUUUUAGGAAAACGCCAACUGGAAAAAAGAAAAAGAUAAUUGCAAACGUUUUUGUAAAUUGGGGGGACGAGGGACAGGAAAAUUCUGUAGGAAUGUGGUGUGAUGAUAUUAGACUUCUAUGA